CCCCACCGCGUCCCCCUUCUCUCUCCAAGGUGCUGUAUUAUAUAUAGUUACAUAUAUAGAUACACAUACAUAUUUACAGAGUUGAGCUUUGAGGUGGUGGUAUUGGUGUUUGAUCGAUCGAAAGGGUUGAAGAUGACCAACCACAUUGUGGGUCAGUUCGGCGACACCACGCUGACCAAAGUGUUUGUCGGAGGGUUGGCCUGGGAGACUCGGCUCGACGCCAUCACCGAUCACUUCCACAAGUACGGCGAGAUCCUCGAGGCCGUCAUCAUCUCCGACAAGUCCACCGGCCGAUCCAAGGGCUACGGCUUCGUGACUUUUAAGGAUCCCGAGGCGGCUAAGAAAGCUUGCGAGGACGCCACGCCGAUCAUUAGUGGCCGCCGAGCAAACUGCAAUCUGGCUUCCCUCGGCGCCCGGCGGCCGAGGUCCGCCUCCUCACCGACGCCGCCGCCGCCUCUGCAAGGGUCCAAAGUGGGGGCAAGGCCUGCAUCACCAUCACAUGCGAGUCACGUGCAGUGGUAUCAUCAUCCAGCGCGGACCCCACCGCCUUUGCAGUUUCAACACCACCAGCCUCAGCCAGCUACUUUCUAUGGUUACCCUAUGCAACCCUACCUUGGCACGGACACAAGCCUCUACGAUCAUAAACUGGGCUACGGCUGCGGUUCGUACGUGAACGGAGGGCAUAUUUUGGGGCAAGUGUAUGCGGGUGGGCAAGCUAUAGUGAGUGCGAACCCACUGGUGCCCAUGUACCCGCUCUAUCAGCACCAUCAAUCACAGACAAUGAUGGGCAUCCCAGCAGCUCGCAUGAUCUACUCCCCACCAAUAGGCGCCCCGAUCCCUAUAGUCCAAGCCCUCGUUCCUUCAAGACACGCACCCAUUGCAACUACCCCAGGGGGAGACGAUGGCAGUGGCGUGAAGCAGUGAGAGAAGGAAGGAUGAAAGAUGGCGGAUGGCUUGAUGGCUGCUUUGCUCAGAAACCACAUGAAUUAUUAUUAUUAUUAUUAUUCACAUUUCAUCUGUUGUAAGCUGCUGCUGUUGCUGCCGCCUGACUGCCUCAGUCAUUCUAUAUUUUAUCUACCCAUCACCUUUGGUUUUCUUUUUUUUUUUUUCUUUUUUUUUUAAUUUUCUAUUCUUACAUUCUUAUUUUUAGGUUACUGUUUGUUUGUUUAGGGUUCAGAUUUAAUUCCUUCUUUCUCCCUAACCAGAAAACAAUUGACACCACUUAUUGUAACUCAUCUCAUUUUCAAACUAUUUUUAUCCCUUCUGGGUGCUCUC